UCAUCCAUCUCGAGCAGAGUGACACAAGUAAGCUCAGCAAAGCUAGCCAAAAUUCAGGAAAAGCAAGAGAGCGAGCUAGAGAGAGGUGAAAGGUAUGGCGCACUACGAGCAGCAGGGGCGGCGGCAGCAAGUCGACGAGUACGGGAACCCUAUCCCUGGGGGCCAUGCUAUUCAGGGUAGGCAAGCCGGCGGGUACGGCGCCGUCGCGGGCACCGGCAGCUACGACGCCGGCGGUUACGGCAGCCAGCAGCAGCAGGCCGGGUAUGGCCCCACUGGCACCGGCAUGCAUGACGCCGGGGGCUACGGCGGCGGCCAGCAGGCCGGGUACGGCGCCACUGGCACCGGCACGCAUGACGCCGGGGGCUAUGGCGGCUCUGGUCAUACGGGUUACGGGGCUACCGGAACAGGCGUCCACGACGCCGGCGGCCCAGGAGGGUAUGGAGCCAGAGCUCACGGUACGCAUGGCGUGACCGGGAUCCAGGACGGCGCCGGCGGCGUCGGGCACACUGGUGGUCUGCAUGGCGCAACGGGGAUGGGGACCCAUGGUACCGGCACCGGUCACGGUGCGCAUGGUGCCACUGGUGGAAUCCAUGACGCCAGGGUCACCGGAAUGCAUGACACCGCCGGGGUUUUAGGCGGCGGCGGUGGAGGGCACACCGGCUCCGGCAUGCCCGGAGCGACUGGAGUGGGAACCCAUGGCAUGGGUCACGGCGCCACAGGCAUGACUGGAACCGGCGGCACCGCAACCGGCGCCGCGUUCCCUCAUGGAGCUGAGCACAAGACGGGCGGCGGCAUCCUACGCCGCUCCGGCAGCUCCAGCUCCAGCUCGUCGUCAUCUGAAGACGACGGCAUGGGUGGGCGUCGGAAGAAGGGUCUAAAAGAGAAGAUCAAGGAGAAGAUGCCCGGAGGCCACAAGGACAACCAUGGUCAACAGGCGACGGCCACCGGAGCAUACGGCGGCACAGGAUACACCGGACCGACGACUGGUACGGGCACCACCGGCGGGGGGACGUACGCGCCGACGACUGGCGGAGGCACCCACGAGAAGAAGGGCGUGAUGGAGAAGAUCAAGGAGAAGAUUCCGGGUGGCCACAAGGACGACUACGGCCAGCAUCACCAGCACACCAGCACAGGAACCGGCGGCGGCUAUGGCGGAACCACCGGCACGUACGGUACGGCGACGACGACGACGACUGAGGGGACGCACGAGAAGAAGGGCUUCAUGGAGAAAAUCAAGGAGAAGCUCCCUGGUCAGCACUAGGCGCGCGGCUCCUCCGCCGGCGCCCUGCCAAGUUGAAAGUUUGAAGUUUGUGGCAUGCGAAGUACAGAAUAAGUAACGAAGAAUAAAGCAGCAGCGCUGUCUGUGUUUGUAUAUGUACAUGUGUGUUUAAUUUGCAUGUAACCACGUAUCCUCUGUUCUUGUGUGAAUGAAAAGGUACAAAAAAAAAGGAAUACCCUAA